AUGGAUAAUAAGCUUCUUGAUUUGGAAGUAAGAGUGCCAAAUACUCGGUUUUGUGGGUCUUCGAAAGGAUGGUUGAUAUUUGUGGAGAAAAAUUUGGCAGUAACUCUCUUUAAUCCGUUCCUUAGGGUUAGAGGGAGGAGAGAGAAACAAAAUUCAAUUAUCCACCUCCCUCCAUUGUUGUCCCCAACAGUGGCAGAGAAAUUUUAUCGUGGAGACUUAGAUUAUUAUGUUCGCAAGGCUAUGAUUUCAGCAGACCCAUUAGUAAGUACAACUGAGUGCAUUGUUGUGGUCAUAACUCAGCCCUUUUCCCAGUUGGCUUUUCUUAGACUCGGGAAAGACUCAACUUGGACUUAUGUUGACGUACGUUACCGUGCUCGUGGAUUUCAUGAAGUAGUUUUUCUUGAAGAUAAGUUGUAUGGUGUCCAAUGUGAUAGUAGAGUUUUAUCUUGUGAGAUCAACACUCGUUUUCACUCCGGUCUAAAAAUAGCUGCACGCAAAGUUCAAACUGUUUGUUACAGCAAGAAAUAUCUAGUGUAUUCAAAUGAGAAAGACUUGUUGCUGGUUCAUAGACAUAUGGAGGAAGUGGAUGCAAGACGUACACUGAAAUUCGUAAUCUAUAAACUGAAUUUCAAUAAGCGUAAGUGGAUUGAGAUAAAUACUCUAGGGGAUGCUGCUCUCUUUGUGGGUGAUAACUCAUCUUUCUUGGUGUCGGCUUCAAGUUUUCGAGGAUGUAUACCAAAUUGCAUAUACUAUAGUCACGAUAGUAAUAAUUUGGAUGUACGCUUGGGACCUGACGGUCCUCAUGAUUUUGGCGUGUAUGAUGUUGAAAAUAAAGGGUUUCUAACCAUUGACACCACACAUGUUUCAACUCUAGUCAAGAUGAGCGAGCAACCACCAAUCUGGAUUCUGCCAACAAUUAAGCUGUGA